AUGGCACCCCGAAUCGAACCGGCCGAAGUCGAGACAUACUGGAACAUCUUCUCGACCCGGACAGGCGGCGGAAAGUUCCUGACCGGCGAGCAAGCGGCGCCGGUGCUGAAAAACAGCGGUCUCACAGAUACGCAGCUCGAGCGAGUAUGGGAUCUGGCCGAUGUCGACAACGAUGGCAACCUCGACUUUGAGGAGUUCUGUGUCGCCAUGCGCAUCAUCUUUGACAUUCUGAAUGGAGAAUACGCAGAUGUACCGACUGUCCUGCCAGACUGGCUGGUGCCCGAGUCCAAAGCGCACCUGGUCCAAGCGAGUAAGGCCAUUACCGGAAACCAACCGCGCUUCGAGCAGGUGGAGGACGAAGAGGAAGACUCAGGCCUGAAGGACGGGUUCGAUUGGUACAUGACACCGCAAGACAAGGCCAAGUACGAGUCGAUAUAUCAGGAAAACCGCGACAUGCGCGGCGAGAUAGCAUUCAACUCGCUUGAAGACCUCUACGAAUCUCUCGACGUCCCCGACACGGACAUCCGCUCCGCGUGGAACCUCAUCAACCCCUCAGCUGGCUCUUCCAUCAACAAGGACGCCAGCCUCGCCUUCCUCCACAUCCUCAACAACCGCCACGAAGGGUUCCGCAUCCCCCGCACCGUGCCCGCCUCGCUCCGGGCCAGCUUUGAGCGCAACAAGAUCGACUACCAGCUCGACAACCAGCGCACCGGCGCCGCCUCCCGGUGGGCCACCAAGGCCGACGACUCGACGGCGACGGGGCGCAAGGCCAAGUUCGGCGACCAGUAUCUCACGCGCCUCGGCCGCAGCGGCUUCAAGUCCGGCGGCACCGACUUUAGCACCCCGAAGGAGGGCGACUGGGAGGAGGUCCGCCUCAAGCGCCAGCUGCAGGAGCUCGACGAGAAGAUUGCCCGUGUCGAGGCCGACGUCGAGCGCAAGAAGGGCGGCAAGCGCGACAGCAAGCCCGCCCCUCGUCAAGAGGGAGCUCGAGCAGCUGCUCGACUACAAGCGCACGGAGCUGCGGGAGCUCGAGCAGGGCGAGGGCAAGGCCAAGGUCGGCCAGUCCCUCAAGGGCAUUGA